AAAAAUCAUCGACGCUCACUCUUCAACAAAUUUGCGGUUACCUUUCCAUCCAUUUCGCUCGAUAUGAUUCACAUUUCAACCUUCCAUGAACGGGCGUGCUUCAUCAUGCGCCACUACUUUCGCAUAUCGGCUAACAAUUGCGAAGACUAUUCAAUCUGGGCAUUCAAUAGCUAUGGAUACUGGCUGGAUGUAAAACAACACUUCGUAUCAUGCCUCCAAUGCACCGUCCAAUGGUUUCCAUUUGUCUUUUGGUUUGUGCUUAGUCUGAGCAUAGUGGGGGUGUUGCACAGCAUCAUUGAGUUCAUACGUUUGUAUUGUAAGUCCCCAAAGCCUGUCUCGAUGUGGCGACCUCGCUGCUUUUAUACAUUUAGCGACUUGCGUCUGCGUCGCUGUCGAUUACUUGGGACUUUUCUAAUGAUUAAGGCAUGGAUGCUCUUACUCUAUGCUGUGAUCACCAUAUCGCCGAACUACAUGGGUCCCUGGCUGGUGUUUAAUGCGACAGUGCUCGCCCUGGACUUUGUCGUCUGGUGCAUUGAAGUGCUUUGCGGAACUCAGAACGUAUCUAUCCGGUCAAUACUCAGCUUCUUACUUCCUUUGAUAAGUCAGUAUUUGGUGCGUUGCGUGAAGAACGUUUUCGAGCAGGCCCUCAUCCUGGACGAGGCGGAUAAGCUGAGCUUCUGGAGCUAGAUUUAUGAUUAUUCUAAUUCUGCUACUCCACAAGUCACCCUACUGUACUGGGCAGUUGUUUGGCCACUCAAUAUGGAAAUUAAGCUCAGCCAAACAUCACUCGAGUAUUUCAAGUGUUUGGCAGCCGGCGGCGAUUGUGGUGACGAUUAUUUUGGCAUUGCUCAUUCGGUUGUCAUGGCAAGGCCAUUGGCUGUAAAAUAAAUUGAAAAAGUUAUAGAUAAGCUAAA